CAGAGAUAUGAGAUUUCGAGGAAUUCACAGUUGAGAAUUGCAAAAGUUAUUGGAUUAAUCUGAAAAUGAUGACCAUGCAAAAAUAGAGUUGCCCACCCUAACAUAGGGUAUAGUUGCAACCAAGAUUAAUAUACAAUGGGUUUGACAACACAAUAUCUUCGUUAUGUUCCUGGGUCUGCAUUUGGUUUGGUUGGAACAGAACGCUGCGUGCGCUUUGUCACCAAGUACAGUCAGACAGGAAGAUAUGUUGCUGCACCUGCAUGUGAAUUUGUGCUCAUUUGGGAUUGUAAAAGAUCAUCCAAGGUCUUGACACUGAGUGCAGGUAUUGAAGGGCAAGUCACGUCAUUGGAGGUACGCCCCCCAGCACCUGGCUCUCUUGACAACACGCAUCUUGCAGUUGGAUACUCAGAUGGAUCUGUUGUCUUAUUUGAUAUCAGGACUGGAACAUCACUCAAGUUUGCUGGUCACAGAGGAGCAGUUACAACACUUGCCUGGGAUGAUCAAGGCAUGCGAGUUGCAUCUGGAAGCCAAGAUGGAGAGAUUGUUGUCUGGGAUGUUGUAUCAGAGAGGGGAAUCGUAGACUGAAAGGGCACCAGGGCAAGAUCACUCGGUUACGCUUCCUUAAAGACCGCAGCAUAGUUGUAUCUUCAUGCAGGGACUCCUUCAUCAAGUUCUGGGAUCUAGACACUAACCAUUGUUUUAGGACACUGACUGACACCGUGCAGAGGUUUGGGAUUUUGUGUUACUGAAAAAGGAUACAAGAUUGAUAUCUGGAAGUAGUGAUGCAGAGCUCCGUGUCUGGUCUCUGAGGUUUAAGGAUCCCGAAGAAAUGGCAGUUGAUGACCGCGAUGGGAAAUCUCUUGAGCCUCCUUCAAAAUGUUCCGCAUUGACACAGAGGGGGAAAUUAAGGGACAGGAGGAUGACACUGAAGAAGAUGAUGCUAGUAAUUUAGAGAUCACAAGACUAGGAAGCAUACUUAGGUCCAGAGGAGACCGUGUAUGUGGACUACAGACCGAUGGCCAUAUUGUGGCUUGCUAUGGCAAAUCUGCAGUU